AUUCCCUAGGCUUUGUGUGACAAAUUCCUAGGGAACUGCUAGCAUCGCAUCACUGGCUCCAAGCUCUAGCUCAUAAACAAUCAGUCACCCUUGUAUCAGCUCGUGGCACAGACGUUGUCCAGGAUUCCGCUUCCCGUAUGUCAUUGACCGAGGCUUUCAAAUCGGUUCUGUUUCCCAAUAUGAAGAAACGCACGGGCUUCCAGGUCGCGACUUUGAAAUCGCCUCCUCCGCAGGCGAAGCAAGAAGAGAAAAAGACGCCGACGAAGGCGCCUAGCGGCUCUUCAAGUUCAUCGAGCUCAGGCUCCUCAAGCUCAAGCUCCGAAACAACAGCGCGUGUCACAAAGGAAUGCAGAGGUGAAGAGGUGACAUCCGUGCCGCGACCUCCUGCCGCCGAUUCUGCGACGAAUCAGACCGUGGAAACUUCAAAAUGUUCGACUCCUGCAGAUACUGCUACGGAGGGAGUUGACGAAAAGGCGAAAGCAAAGUCUCCUGCUGCGUCAUCCAGCUCUUCCGGAUCCAGCACGACUAAUGGGAAGGAAACAAAGGCAGAUACUGGUGUUGAAGUGCAGUCGGAGCAGAAAGGAUUGGCGAAGGCCGAACCAGUAGAGACUGCUGACGUUACCACGCCAAUCCCUGGGGAGGGGAAUGACAAGGGAGACUCCAAGGAUAACAAUGAAGCGAAAUCCCUUUUGGAGGUGAAUGCAGCAUUCAAUUCAUUGGUUGUUAUGACUUCGAAGCCUGAAGAUGAUGGAAGUGUCAGGAGUCAAGCGGGCGCACAGAGCCAAUCUAAGAAAGGAGUGGCUUAUUUUCCAUCCGAGAAGGCACACACUGAUAAGGAGGCGAAGAUCGCUGAUGGACUGCCAAGUGAUGGACCAAAAUUACCCGACCAAAGCCCAAAGGCUGAGGGAAAUGAUGUUGUCAAGUCAACCGGCGAUGCUGCUGCACCAGCAGGAGAAGGUCAGAGCAUAAUGCUGUACAGAUAUCUCCAACCUCAAGCCACACACAUGCUGGUGCAGAGGGUCUCAUGCUGGUUUGUCUUGGCAGAAGCCGAAGUGGCUGGAUCUGUCAAGGGUUCUGAUGCUGAUGCACAGAAAUGUUAUGAUUCUGCUGAACCAACUAAACGUGGCGAGGUGGCAAACAAGGACGCGGACGCAUCUGACAAAGACGCGGACAAUGCUGAUGAAGCCAAGUCAAGUGCAAAAAAGUCAACAAAAAAGGGCUCAUCAUCGUCAAAGUCCCAGAAAGGCCAAGGAGAUAGCAAGCCUCCGAGGGCCCCUACGCCUUACAUCCUCUUCUCGUAUGUGCCCACCAUCUCUUCUUCCUGGUUAAACCCUUUCAGUCCUUACCGUCCUGUGUGAGUUUGUGCAGCAAUGACGUCCGAGAGUCCAUCCAGACAAGAAAUUCUGACAUGAAGCCAACAGAUAUUAUGAAGGCAAUUGGCGAACAGUGGCGCAACCUGCCCAAGGAAGAGAAAAAGGUGAAGUGGGUUGCCUCUGCGUUGGAAAUUUGGUGACUCAGAUUUGCACCUUUCUUAACACUGUCGCACACAGACCUAUGAGGAUAAGGCAGAAGCUGAAAAGUCCAAGCUAGGACUUGAACACGGUAACUCCGGUGGGCCAUCUUCUGCGCGCAAAGGAACAAAAAGGGAGUCCAAAGCCACAGCUAAAUCCAAGUCCAACAAGGGCAGUGAUAAACCUGUUCUUGGAAGACAUGGUCAGCCAAACUCAAAGCCCGUUCAAGCAAACCUUCAAGAUGGUAUGGGUGUUGUACAGCUUUUCCCUGUAUGCGACUUUAAAAAGACCUCACGUUGACCCUCUUUUCCAGGAUUUAUCGUGUUCUGCCUUGAAAACCGGAGUCGGGUUGAGGAGGGGCUUGGGGAAGGGGCUACCUUGGCAGAUAUUCAACGGGAACUUUCCAAGGAGUGGGAGCAGUUAGGCUUCGAAGAGAGGCGAAAGUACAUGAGUGCUGCAAAUGCAGGUGCAGAUACUGAAGUCAGCCCAGCGAGCAUGGCAGCCAGCCCUGAUAAGGCCUUAGCAUCGUCCAUAUCAGGUGUGCAUGGGGUCCAAAAUCCAUUCUCCCUUGCAGUUUUCAGCUCUUAUAACCUGGGCCCUGCAGAUGCAAUUGUGGCUGGCUACAAGGAAAACGAGGAGGGAGAUGUCGAGGUGCGUACCGCAGUGAGUGACCUUUCGGUGCAUGGCAUCGUUCUGACGUCUUCUGCUGAAUGCAGUUCGUGUUGGCACAAACCUUAGAGGGCGACUUUGUGACAAAGAGAAAGAGGCUGGACUAUACGGAUCUCGACUAUGAAGAGGCCAAGAAGCACAAAUCUGGCACCGACGUUUCUAAUGCUAUCAGUGCUUUCAAAAGAAGGAAACGGCAGUUUUAUGCUGAGAUCGAGCAACGAACUGUUAACGGGGUUUUGGACCUUGACGACAUCUCUGCAGGGAGCAUGCUUGAGGUAAAGCCUUGAUAUUUCAGGAUUUGCGCAAUUGUUGUUGAUGCUGUCUAACUCUGAGCGCCCUGCCUUGUGUUUCAGACCCUUGCCUUUCUUGGAAACAUGCGUGAGGUAAGGUCACAAUGUCGUUUCCACAUGCAGCCUCUCUUUUGCUCCUCAGCUUUGUCUGACAUGAACAUGGGCUUGCAGGAUGUCUUCCCAACCACGAAUUCCAAGCUUCAGUCUCCUGAUGUCUGGUAUGACUGUGUGAGUAAUGCAAAAUUGCUUCCACAGUGUGGUUUCUCACCUUUGGUAUGUGCUGGCAGGAUGAAAGUACCUACACUUGGCCUUUGUCUGCUGGUUCAGAACCUUCUGGAUGGAGAGCGACAACACAAAGCGGUUUUGGCGGAGCAACUUGCAGAAGCUAAGAAACGAAUUAAGGAGCUAGAGGGGACAAAAGCAGGAAUCACUAAUGCGAUGUGGAUGGAGGAGUAAAGAUGAUUCUGCAGUGCAGUAAGGAUACCAGUGGUGUGUUCACUUUUCUUCUGCAAGCUACAUACAUACAUUCCAUCUUGUGAAUCAC